UGCCUCCUCGUCCUUCGCCCAUCUCCUCCUCCGCCUCGCUCCGCCCUCGCCGCGACAACCGCCUUCCGCCGCCCAAACCCCCAACUCCUCUCCACCCGCAACCCCUAUACCCCCGGGAACCAGAUCGACCGGCGCCGCCUCCGUCUCCCUCGAAACCCCCGCCACCCUCCCCUCAGUCUCUCUCUCGCCGCUCAAACCCACCCCCCCGAGAGUUCAGCCUUCCUCCCGCCGAAGCGCGCAUGCGACGGGGCUCGGCUCUCCCGUGAUCCUCCCGCCGCCGAUCCCGUCUGCCGCCGCCGCCGCUGGACCGGCCGCGGAGGACGUCAUCCCGUGACCCGAUUCCCUUUGCUGCUACCCCAAUUUUUGGCUACAUACCCAACCUUCGAUGCAUCGUGUCGGGAGUGCUGGCAACACGGGCGGUUCAAGUCGACCGAGAAAGGAGAAGCGUUUCACAUAUGUGCUCAAUGAUGCUGAUAAUAAGAAGCAUUGUGCCGGGAUCAACUGUUUGUCCUACCUGAAUGCUUCUGCUUCUGGUACAAGUGAUUAUCUUUUUACUGGGAGUCGAGAUGGCACCUUGAAGAGAUGGGAGUUCCAAAAUGGGAAUGCAAACUUUUCAGCAACUUUCGAGUCACAUGUUGAUUGGGUUAACGAUGCCAUUAUUGUUGGCCAAAAUCUCGUUUCCUGUUCCUCAGACACAACUAUAAAGGUGUGGAAUAACUUAUCAGAUGGUGCUUGUACCAAGACUCUCCGCCAGCAUUCUGAUUACGUGAUCUGUCUUGCUGCAGCUGAAAAGAAUAGCAAUAUUGUAGCCUCUGGUGGCCUUGGUGGUGAGGUCUUCAUAUGGGAUCUUGAUGCUGCGCUUGCUCCUGUAGCCAAAUCUGUAGAUGCAAAAGAGGAUGAUAUUCCUAAUGGAAACCCCGGACCUGCUUUGUCAACAUUGUGCAAUGUAAAUUCUAGUGGCAACAUUUCUUCCACCAAUGGAAAAUCACAUGGGUACAGUCCAAUUGCUGCCAAAGGUCACAAGGAUUCAGUUUAUGCACUGGCUAUGAAUGAUACAGGAAGCUUGCUUGUCUCUGGUGGUACUGAAAAGGUUGUUCGUGUUUGGGAUCCCAGGACAGGUACAAAAACCUCAAAAUUGAGAGGGCACACUGACAAUAUCAGGACUUUGCUUCUUGAUUCUACUGGAAGGUAUUGUCUAUCAGGUUCAUCUGAUUCCAUGAUAAGACUAUGGGAUCUAGGACAGCAACGUUGUGUGCAUUCUUAUGCUGUUCAUACUGAUUCAGUUUGGGCGCUUGCAAGCACCCCUUCAUUUGCACAUGUUUAUAGUGGUGGAAGAGAUCAGUCCGUGUACUUGACAGAUCUGGCAACACGAGAGAGUGUCUUACUCUGCACAAAUGAACACCCAAUCCUACAGUUGUCCUUGCAAGAUGAUACAAUAUGGGUUGCAACUACUGAUUCUUCUGUGCAUGGAUGGCCAGCUGAAGAGUGCACACCCCAAAAAGUUUUCCAAAAGGGUAGCUCAUUUUUAGCUGGGAAUUUGUCAUUCUCAAGGGCAAGAGCUUCUUUAGAAGGAUCAGCACCUGUACCCGUAUAUAAAGAGCCAUCAUUGACUAUUCCUGGAGUUCCAGCGAUAAUUCAGCAUGAGAUCAUGAAUAAUAGAAGGCAUGUCCUGACAAAGGAUACUGCUGGUUCUGUCAAAUUAUGGGAAAUUACUCGUGGAGCUGUUAUUGAAGACUUCGGCAAGGUUUCUUUUGACGAUAAGAAAAAGGAGUUAUUUGAGAUGGUUAGCAUACCUGCGUGGUUUACCAUGGAUGCUCGAUUGGGAUGUCUGUCUGUCCAUCUAGAUACUCCGCAAUGCUUUUCUGCUGAAAUAUAUGCGGUUGACUUGAAUGUUUCUGGAGCACAGGAAGAUCUUAAGAUUAAUCUGGCUCACGAGACUCUUCGUGGUUUGUUAGUUCAUUGGAGCAAAAGAAGACCUAAACCUGGGUCACACAGCUUGUCGAAUGGUGAUGGUUCAAUAGGGAAAGAUGUAUCAUUGAAAAAUUUACCGCAUCCAAGAUCCGAUGUUGAUGAUGGAACCGAAAACCAUGCAAGCAAUGUGCUUCCCUCAUUUGAGUUCUCUACGGUUUCACCUCCAUCAGUCAUUACAGAAAGUUCUAGUGGAGGGCCUUGGAGAAAGAGAAUUACUGAUUUGGAUGGAACUGAGGACGAUCUCCCAUGGUGGUGUGUGGACUGCGCAGAGAACAACCGAUUUCCAAAAGAGAACACAAAGUGUGGCUUUUAUUUGCAUCCUGCUGAAGGCUCACCUGCACCGAACAUAACACAAGGGAAACUCAGUGCUCCACGGAUAUUGCGGAUUCUCAAAGUUGCUAAUUAUGUGGUUGAGAAGCUUGUUCUUGAGAAACCACUGGAUGGAAGUCCUGACAGCACAUUUGCUAUGGGAUUGACUUCUGGCCAAUCACAACUCUCAGCUCUAGAUAGUUCUUCCAGACUUGGACUAAAGCCAUGGCAAAAGCUAAAACCCUCUGUUGAGAUAUUGUGCAACAACCAGGUUUUGUCCCCUGAGAUGAGUUUGGCAACGGUUCGAACAUAUAUUUGGAAGAAGCCAGAGGAUCUGAUUCUUAAUUACAGAGUGGUUCAGUCGAGAUAAUUUCAACUUCAGAUACAGGUGCUCACCCGCUUCGCCCAUAGUAGUUCAGCGUAUCUGCAUCAGAGACGGCGUGAUUGAAGAUAACCGUUUGAUGACCUAGAGCGAGAACCAUUAGAUGCAAAAUGUUCCAUUUGUGCUGCCUUGUGGUGCCGUCCCCUGAACCACACAACAACCUAUUUGCUUCUUGUAAAGUUUUCUUGUGAAUCUUGUACCUCCAGGCCUCUAGUGAGAUUGUAUCAUAGCACAUGUGUAAUGAUCUGCUGGCUAUACCAAGCUUGUAUAUCUAGUGAUUGAGUGCUUACGUAAUAAAGCUUAUAAAUGGGAUAGAAGAAAUUCAUUUUA